UUCAUUUUUGCUGGGACUGAAAAAGAAAUAGGGAUCAUCAAUUCAUGAUAAUGGGAACCUUCACCACCAUAGGCCCACUCUUCCACCUUUGCGGCGGACAACAUAAUCUUCCAAUUCAACAACGAUCUUCCAAUCACCACCACGAAUUCAAACCCUUCUUCACUUGCUUUUCCACCAAUAACAACAACAAUGCAUUUUCUUCCACCACCACCUUUUUCCACCGCCAUAGGUUUCUUUCUCAUGUGGUUGCUGCUUCUGAAAUCGGCACGCCUAUCGUGGAAUCCUCCCCUCAUCAAUGCUCUGAUGAUCUGCUUUUCACCAAGAUUUUCCCAAUCAAGAGAACGCAAAUGAUGGAGGGAAUGAUUUUCGUGAGAUUAGAUCAGAGUAAGGAAUUGAGGAAUUGGGAGCUUACAGUGGGUUGCAAUCUACCUGGAAAAUGGAUUCUUCAUUGGGGAGUUUCCUAUGUUGAUGACAUUGGGAGGGAGUGGGAUAAACCUCCUUGUGAUAUGAUACCGCCUGGAUCUGUUACUAUAAAGGACUAUGCAAUAGAGACACCCCUGAAAAAGUCAUCAAUAUCUGCUGAUGAAGGAGAUACAUUUUAUGAAGUCAAGAUUGAUCUUAAGCCCGACAGCAAAAUUUCCACAAUUAAUUUUGUUCUCAAGGAUGGCGAAAAUGGAGCUUGGCAUCAAUAUAAGGGAAGAGAUUUCAAAGUUCCUUUGCCCAAAUACCUUAAGACACCUAAAAGGGGCUUUAGUUUAUGGCCAGGAGGUUUGACAAAGAUAUCUAACAUUCUCCUGAAGUCAAUAACAACAGUUCACAAUGAUCAAGAUAAAAGCAGUGAGCUAAUUAAUCCAAAACAGGAAAAUGGUCAACUAGAAGGUUUCUGUAUAGAAGUGCCUAUCACAAAGGAGAUUGAUUUCAAUAACUCUGUUACUGUCUCUGUUAAAAAGUGUUAUCAGUCUGAGACAUUAAAAAAUGUCCUAUAUUUAGAAACUGACCUACCUGGAGAUAUUGUACUUCACUGGGGACUUUGCAGGGGCAAUUCAAGAAGGUGGGAAGUUCCACCUGGUCCUCAUCCACCAGGAACAGUACCGUAUAAAGACAAAGCUUUGAGAUCUCAACUGCAGGCAGGAGACAGUACAAAAGGAUCUUCUCUACAAAUCACUUUAGGCGAAGGGUUUUCAGGAUUUGCUUUUGUUCUUAAGCAAAAUGAAACUUGGUUCAAAUGCAUGGGAAAUGACUUUUACGUCUCUCUCUUGGAUUCUAAUAGCAUUCAUAAAGAGGACCAACCAGAAGGUGUGGAGAGGGAAGUGACCAAGGGGACAAGUCAAGAAGCUUCUUUCCUUUCAUUUACUGAUGGAAUAUUCGGCGAAAUAAGGAAUUUGGUGACAGACAUUUCCGCUAAUAAGAACAGAAAGAUAAAAUCGAAAGAGCCACAAGAAAGCAUUCUUCAAGAAAUUGAAAGACUUGCUGCUGAAGCCUAUAAUAUGUUCAAAAGCUCGGUUUCAACUUUCUCAGAUGUAACUUCUACACUAGAGCCUGAGGCCACUGUUGUGGAGCCUGAGGCCGCUGUUGUGGAACCUGAACCUGCUGUUGGAUCAAGAAUAUCGACUCUAGUUCCAAAAGUAUGUUCUGCAGAAGGCACGGGAUAUGAAAUAUUAUGCCAAGGGUUUAACUGGGAAUCUCAUAAAUCUGGAAGAUGGUAUGUGGAGCUUAAGGAUAAGGCUUCAGAGCUAGCAUCACUUGGUUUUACUGUAGUUUGGUUACCGCCGUGCACUGAGUCUGUUUCACCUGAAGGAUACAUGCCAAGGGAUUUAUAUAACUUAAAUUCAAGAUACGGAAACAUUGAUGAACUGAAGGAUUUGGUGAAAAAAUUUCAUGAACUUGGAAUAAAAACUUUAGGAGAUGCUGUUUUAAAUCACCGUUGUGCUCAUUAUCAGAAUCCUAACGGUGUUUGGAACUUAUUUGGAGGGCGUCUCAACUGGGAUGAACGUGCAAUUGUUGCUGAUGAUCCUCAUUUUCAGGGUAGGGGAAACAAGAGUAGUGGAGAGAAUUUUGAUGCUGCACCAAAUAUUGAUCAUUCACAGGAAUUUGUGAGAAAGGAUAUUAUAGAAUGGUUAUGCUGGUUGAGAAAAGAAGUUGGAUAUGAUGGAUGGAGGCUUGACUUUGCCAGAGGAUUUUGGGGUGGCUAUGUAAAGGACUACAUUCAGGCAAGUGACCCUUAUUUUGCUGUAGGAGAGUUUUGGGAUUCCCUGAGUUACACAGAUGGUGAAUUGGAUCAUAAUCAAGAUGCUCAUAGGCAGAGGAUAGUUGAUUGGAUCAAUGCUACCAAUGGCACUGCUGGUGCAUUUGAUGUUACAACCAAAGGGAUUCUUCACUCUGCAUUUGAAAGAUGUGAAUACUGGCGAUUGUCUGAUAGUGGUGGAAAUCCACCAGGAGUUAUGGGGUGGUGGCCAUCUCAUGCUGUUACCUUUAUUGAAAAUCAUGACACUGGUUCCACCCAGGGUCAUUGGAGAUUUCCAAGUGGAAAAGAAAUGGAGGGAUAUGCUUACAUUCUUACUCACCCUGGAACUCCAUCAGUGUUCUUGGACCACAUUUUCUCUCACAAUAAAACAGAAGUAGGAACACUUAUAUCUAUCAGGACUAGGAACAAGAUCCACUGCAGGAGUGUGGUUCAGAUUGUUAAGGCAGAAUGGGAUGUUUAUGCAUCUAUCAUUGAUGAAAAAAUUGCCAUGAAGAUUGGACCUGGCCACUUUGAACCCCCUGCUGGCUCCCAAAACUGGUCCUUAGCUAUUGCGGGAAGAGACUAUAAAAUUUGGGAGGCAAAAUAACUUAUUUCAUCAUUACUCAUUAGUAUAUAGAAAGGUAUAUAGUAUGUUUAUGAACAAGAAAGUAAGCUUAUGUACUCGAGGAUAAUAUGCUGUAAAAUUCGGAUAUGGCAGGCUCCAAUAUUAGAGUGAGUUUUGUCACGCUAUUAGUCACU